AUGGACCGCCCCAUCGACCUCCACGACUACCAGCCCACCCUCCCCGACAACCUCAACCCUCUCGACCCUGCUGAGCUCGCCACCCUCUUCGAUGGCCUGCGCAUACAGACGCGCCAUAUCGCCGCCCACCCGUAUGACCCCAACACCUGGCUCCAGCGCGGUAUCACGCUCAUGAAGCUCCGGUAUCCUGAAUUGGCGGUGGGAGAUGGGUACAAAGCCGGCUUAUUAGCAGGGGAGGCGCUGAAGGGUUUGGGAGACGGGAAGUGGGGGCUGGGUGCGAGGAUGGGGUUCUGGAUGCUACUAGAGGACGAUGAGGCUGAGGAAGAUGGGUGGGAGAGAGAGAUGCUGAGACGUUAUCUCGACGGGCUGCAGCGCAAGGCCAGGGAGUUGGUGGAGCAGAACCUGGAGCUCUGGCCGGCUUUCGAGGAGGGCAGGUUUCGACGGAGGAAGUACCCGUGGAUGCCGCCGGAGUUUGCGAGCAGAGGGGACGAGGUGCUGCGGGUGAUUAACGACGAGUUCAAGGACAAUGGAGGCAGAGCGCUGCGCAACGGCACCGGACAGAUCUGCUCAGUCCGCCGUCACGCUUUCGGGGUUGAUCCCAACGGCGAGAAACCGACCCAUGAUGUCCUGGGCGUCUUCGCGACGCGAGAGAUUGCGCCUGACUCCACUAUCCUGAUCGACCAGAGUCGGAUAUGGGGCUGCAACGGUCCUGGAGCUGCUGGCUCUCUGGAGAAUCUGAACGGCGGAAUGGGAUGCGGUGAGCCCAUCCACCCGAAUCUACCCAGCGAAGACACAAGUCUGGAUUUAAGAUGGAUCCGCGCCGCGACGGGGAAGAACGCGCGGUGUUCGUUGGUCUUCAUGCGGGCGCUGCUGUGCGCGAUUCAAGACGGUGGCGUUGACAGGAAUUCACUCUCCCACCCGCUGAUCGCGCGAUUAACGCCCUGUUACCCUGCGGAGCGCAUCCACCGUUUCAGCCUGGCAAACGACAUCGCCCUGCCUCACACCUUCCUCCGCACACAAGGCGGCGUGGACAUCUUCGCCAACCCCUUCUUCGACACCUGGGUCUUCUCGACAAUUUCCUCCCGCAUCCUCAGUAACUCCUGUGGCGACCCGUUAGCAGAAUGUCUGUCCCCCUUAUUUAGCCUGUUCAACCACAGCUGCGAGCCGAACGUGCGCUGGGAACUGCACAAGGACCAUCGGACGGUUGUUGUGCGGUCGGUCGGUAGGAUGAGGGCAGGGGAGCAGUUGUUUGUGGAGUAUGAUGCUUUUUUGUCCGGGGAGGGGGUGGGGAGGAGGAGGGAGGGGUUGUGGAGGUGGUUGGAGGGGCCUUGUGGGUGCGGGCGGUGUUUGCGGGAGGAGGAGGAGGAGGAGGGGAGGAGGGUGGAUGAGAAGAUGGAGGGGGUGGAGCUGGGGAAGGGGAAGGAGUGGGAUGGGGGGGAGAAGCCGGUGUUGUAA